AUGAGAUUUGCUAUUGAUGAACUUCUUGAUGCUAUUGAUGAAGCAGAAGUUAAACAGACGUACAUUGGGCAUGGUGCGGAUGUGUUGCAAAUGAAACUUGGUAACCGAAGGCCAAACGAUGUAGACGAACCUGUGGAAUUGGAUGCCAGCUUGCAAAGACACCUAGAAGAUUUGCAUAUUUCUGAUAAGAUUCCAAAGUUUGAGCAAUUGAGGAUACCUUUAGGGUCUUUUCGUAAUACAAGGGCUCAUCGAAGGGUCUCCAUACCUGUGAUAAAUGAUGAUUUGGUUGAUGAGAAUAAGCAGCUCUCUAAGCCAAAUGCAACGCAAUUGAUGAUGAUGCUCAAAGAUAAGAUGGCUGAACUAGAAAGAGCUAAUACUGCUCAUGUACAAAAUGUGUUAAAAACAAAGAAGAUGGCUGAAAUAAAACUUGCGAGGCAAGAGGAAGAGCAGUUGAGACGUGCAGCAGAGGAACGAAAGAAACGAGAGGAGGAGCAACGUUUGAAGGAGGCAGAAAGGAAAAAGGUUUUAGCUGAAGAAUCUGAGAGGAAACGGAGAUUGAAAGAGGAGGCCGAUAAGAAGCAAAAGGAACAGCUGAGAAUGGAGCAGGAACACCAAGAGGCAUUGAGGAAGACUCGUGCACAAGAGGAGAAGAAGAAGAAGCAUGGCGUUACUAAUUUUGAAUCCAUUGAAGUCGAAUUUUUGAACGUUAUGCAAAAGAUACGAGAUAUAAAACGGGACAUUGUAAAUCCUGUUAAGAAGGAUCGUGAAUUGGAGAAGCUACUUGGAACGCAAAAGAGGAAGAUCAAUCCCAAAUUUGGCCAAUUAACAAAUAGCCUAUCUCAGCUGCAACAAAUUCGAAAAGAAUUAAUCAGGUUAAUAGAUGAAAUCAAGAAUAAUAAUCUGGCAUACAACUGGAUUCUAAACUUUGUCGCUAAGGCGGUUGUAUCACAGGCAGAAACUGAGGUUCGGGUAAAACCGGAAAGUGCAUUACCUCUUGCGAACUUGACACUAAGUCUUCUCGUGAAAUAUCCAGACUUGUAUGAACUGUUGAUGGCUAGAUUCAUUAAAAAAUGUCCAUAUGUCAUAGGCUACAUGUGUGGAAUUGAUACUGAGGAAGGAAGACUACGCAUGGGAUGGAAGAGAAGUGUAGAUGGUAAAUGGGAAGAUGAUAUUAGCUACAACGAGAGGCUGGGUGGUAUAAUGACUUUGUAUGCAGUGAUUUCCAGGUUGCCACUAGCACCGGAGUUUAUUUCUAAUACUGAGCAUCCUCUGCCGCUUUCGUGUUCUUGGAAAAUAUUGGCAAGGUUUGCAAAUAAACCUAUUAUCUACUUGACUAAUACGGAAUUCAUUCUUCUUGGGUAUUGGUGGGACGCUGCUGCUGCUCAAUUUUUGCAACGCUAUGGAAACCAGGGUUCCAAAUUACUAAAUCUGGUUGCUUCUGACCUAACAGCUGAAGUUGCAGCUCAUAAAUAUGUCGGCGCUGCAAGAUUACGCAUUCUGUUAGAAGAUUGGAAACAAACUGGCCGAAUAAAAACGUUCCCAGAGAUGGUUACGUGA